AUGCCUACGCUCUCUGUUGUCAACUUCAACAUUGUCUGCGCCACACUUGGAGGCUUCAUCACGCUCUUUGGCCUUGUAUCGUACCUUCUCAAGGAGAAGUAUUAUCUGUCAGAGGCUCUAAUUUCCCUGAUCGGAGGUCUUAUCUUCUCGCCUCACGCGGCCAAUCUGAUACGCCCCCUUGAUUAUGCUCAAGGAAAUGCCGAGGACCUCGAGACGAUAACCCUCUAUUUCACCAGGCUUGUCUUGGGUGUUCAGUUGGUUCUGGCUGGCGUUCAGCUACCUAGCAAAUAUCUCAAGCAAGAAUGGAAGCCUCUGUCGUUGCUUUUAGGCCCAGGCAUGUGUGUCAUGUGGCUAGUGACCAGCCUGCUUGUUUGGGCCUUGGUACCUAAUAUCGACUUUCUGUUCGCACUUGCCAUCGGAGCUUGCGUUACGCCUACCGAUCCUGUGCUGAGUAACAGUAUCGUCAAAGGCAAGUUCGCUGACCAGAACAUCCCCAGAGAACUUCAAAGAAUCAUCAUUGCCGAGUCUGGAGCAAACGAUGGUCUUGGCUAUCCUUUCUUGUUUUUGCCUUUGUAUCUGAUCAAAUAUGUUGGUCAUCCUGAAUAUGCAGCCCACGACGGUGCUCGCAAAGCAAUCGGCUUGUGGUUUGGUGAGACGUGGGGCUAUACAAUCCUUCUUAGUGUCGUCUACGGAGCUGUUGUUGGCUGGCUUGCAAAGGAACUGCUCCACUGGGCAGAAGAGAGGAAGUAUGUGGAUAGGGAAAGCUUUUUGGUUUUCGCCAUUACACUUGCUCUCUUCAUUGUCGGUACCGUUGGUAUGAUCGGAUCCGAUGAUGUUCUCGCUUGCUUCAUCGCUGGGAAUGUCUUCACCUGGGACGACUGGUUCCGCUUGGAAACGCUUGAUGACUCCCUGCAGCCGACCAUUGAUAUGCUGCUCAACGUCUCAAUCUUCAUAUGGUUUGGUGCAAUCACACCCUGGUACGAAUUCGCGCACAACAAUGUGAUUCCCAUCUACCGACUCAUCCCACUGGGUAUCUUGGUUUUGCUUCUGCGCCGACUUCCGAUCGUCUUUGCUAUGCAUAAGAAGAUUCAUCAAAUCGAGGAACCACGUCAGGCUCUUGUUGUCGGCUUUUUUGGCCCUAUCGGUGUUAGUGCAGUGUUCUACCUGUACAUCAGCCGCGAGUUCCUCCGUGGUAUCCAGAGAGAUGGCGUGGUCAGAGAUGAUGCAGAACGGUUGUCUGAGAUCAUGCUCGUCGUGAUUUGGUUUUUGGCAAUCUGCAGCAUUAUCGUACACGGCAUCAGUAUCCCCCUGGGCAAACUUGGAUUCUAUCUACCAAGGACCAUUUCGGCUGCGGUCUCGACAGAACGUCUCUCUCGCAGAUCAUCUGAGGAGCCCCAACCUAUUGAAGGAGCCAUGUCUGAUUCGACUCUGGCUAGUCGCUUCCGUCGCUAUCGGGCAGAAACUGAGGGCAGCAGUACGUCUCUGCCCCGUUCGUUCUAUCGCGUAGGAAGAAGCAUAGUGUCAGACUUGCAUAGAGGCCACCAAGAAACCACUGGAACGAAGAACGUCUCCGGUGCGACGUCCGACCUUGCCAGUAGAAACAUUUCCGAGCCCUCUAACCCUCGCCCACUGGGCAGGAAUCUCAUCAAAGACACGAACCGCAAUUCUCCACUUGGUGCCACGCCUACAGCAGGCCGCUCUUGCGCCGUCACACCCGCCGAAUCACCUGCACCUCUGAAUAGAACCAUCCGAUUUCCGGAUGAGAACCCUAGUGUUGCCAACUCGUCGAGAGCCGAACUGGACAAGACGGUCUAG